AUGACAGUGAAAGGUAAUGGAAUGUUUCUUGCAUAUUGUGAAAUUCAAACCUUUGAUCAAGGUAAUACUUGGAUAGUUGAUAGUUUAGAUAUUUCGAAAACGAAUCUUAAUUAUACUGUUGGUACAAUAACUUAUCUCAAAGAUACAGAAUUAAAUAAUCCAUCGGUUACGAUUAUGCAACAAUAUAAUAAAACACAAACAAAAAGUUUAAUUGAAUAUUUACAAGAAUUAUAUCCACCAUGUUAA